CCUUUCUGUAGAACCACAUUAUCAUGUCUGCCCCCUUGGUGUCUCUACUCGGGUGCUGUCAGCGGUCAUCUCGGCUCCUUGUUGCUAGGCGACCAUGGAGCUCCAGCCCUGUGAGUUCGCCUCCCAUGCACACCAGGUUGCUCCUCUUCCUCACCCAGCGUUUCUAUGACGUCGAGAUGCUCCUCAGAUGGAAGUCUCGGAUGAAAAGGAGAGGGCUGCAAAAGAAGAACGCUUACUAUAGCUACACUCAGGGCCUUUAUGGGGCGGACAUUGCAGCCGCCUACUACGUCUUGUGUUUAAGGGGAGGAUUUCGAUUUGUUGGCCAGUCAGAAUGGUUCCGUGUGGACCGGAAGGGCAAGUUCAAAUGGGACUUCUUGAGUUACAAAGACACACCUCUUGAGGAAGUAGACAUGAGCUAUACAAUCAUCAACUACAUUGGACUGUCCAACUUGGAGGGACAGAAAUCUUUGCGGACUCUGUCCUUACGAGGAUGCUCUGAGGUGGAUGACUGGUUCUUGGCCAGGCUGCAUGUGUUCCAGGACUCUCUGAAGGAGCUGGACAUCUCUCAUUGCCCACGCAUCACCACAGGCGGGCUGGCUGCCCUGAGGAAUCUCAAGGGACUACGCCGUCUGGACGUGUCAGCCCUCCCAGGGAUUUCGACUCCUGGCUUGGUGAUUAUCCUGCUAGAGGAGAUGUUACCACAUUGUGAGGUCAUUGCUUCUGGUUAUGAUCACAGCUUAGAGCCAGAAGGAGUUGACGGAGAGCGAAGCCAAGGGUAGAACUGUAUACAGUACACAAGGACAAUAAUCAGAAUUUCACUCAUUGCCUGUGUAAAGGAGACAGAAUUCUGACUUCACAUCUGAAAUCCCCCAAAGAAGAUUUUGACUUGAGUUGAUUUUAUUGGAAAUGAAAAAGAUCUAAUAUGAAUCACAUGUACUACGAACCAUAGUUGUUGGUUUACAUCAUUAUUGGAUUAUUCAGAUCGGGUCUACUGUAUGUAUUGUCUUUGCGUCUGUACGGAAGUAGGAGAACAAACUUUGUCUUCAGAAUGUCUUCAAUAAAGACUAAUAUGAUCUGGUUUUA